AUGGCAGACGAUGAGGGUGCAUCUCCCCGCGAAUUGGUCGUCGAGGCCUGCCGACGGGACCAACAACAUCUCAUCGAACAAGUUCUCGAUAGCAUGUCGGAGAAAACCAACGAGGAGGUAGCGGAGUUCUUCAAUAAUGUCAAAGAUGCACUGGGAAACUAUGCCCUACAUAUUUGCGCCAUGUAUGGUAGCUUCGAUGUCAUGGACUCCCUUUUCGAUAUCCAAUACUUCGAAUGCGACCCCCUAACCCGCCUCGACCAAGAUACCCCACUCCAUGUAGCAGCCCGUUUUGCCAACGAGAAAGACCCAGACUUGGGUUUGGAGAUGAUUGAAAUGAUGUGCGAUGCAGGCUGCGACCCGCGAGUGCGAAACAAACACGGUCAGAAACCGGUGGAUCUUGUCUAUGGCGAUCAUAAGGAUAUCAAAUCUGCUCUUCAGAAAGCUGAGUAUAUCUUGAAUGAGAAUAUACAGGUUAAUGAGGAUGAGGAUGCAGAGGGUGACGCUGGUAGUGCUAGUGAUAGCGACUAG